AACUUAAAUUCCCUUAGGAUUUCAUUUAUCACACCUUUCUGAAUAUGUUAGAAUCUUGAUGAAUCGAAAUAAUACAUCUCUAGUUUGAACGGACUCUUCCUUAUGUUGAACGAGAACUCCCCCCAUUUUUUUUAAUUUCUUAAAAAAUUGUUGUUGGUAGCAGCGAAGAGCUUGAAGCUCGAAGCGCCAUUUCUGUCUGAUAGCUGCGUGCUUUGUGCUUUUUGACAACAGAGACAAGAUUGUUUGUGUUACGACCUUUACGAGCAUUGACACUCAAUUUAUCCUGAUUUAGCUGUAGGUGCAUCUUUGUCCUCGUGACUGGCCCUAUUUCCAUUCAUUGUCAGCCACUACCUGACCUGGCCUAACAUUCGGUGAGGUUAGAGGCAUCUCCAGCACCAUGGUCAUUAUCACAAAUUAUGUACCGAACGCUGAAGAAGUGAUUCGACAUCAGCAAGAUAACACGGCCGUCCUGAUGAAUGACAGGAAUGUUGGAAAAGGAACACUUUACAUCUCAGAAAGUCGUGUUUCUUGGGUGAACACAUCUUCCCGUGAGGGCUUCACGUUGGAGUAUCCCGGUAUUAGUCUCCAUGCGGUUUCCAGAACACCAGUAGAAUGCCUUUACAUGAUGUUAGAUACCAAUCAUCUUCCAAUCGAAGUUCCAGGUUACAAUAAUGAGAAAGAAAGUGGAGAUGAAGAAGAUAGUGAUGAAGACCCAGAGGAUGGCCAAAACACAAUCUUAAAAUUUUUACCUGAUGAUACAGCAGCUUUAGAAGCUAUGUAUCAAGCUAUGAGUCAGUGUCAAGCACUACAUCCAGAUCCUGAUCAGCAAUCUGAUUCAGAUCCAGAGAAUAUUUUUGUUGAUGCUGAUGGUGAGGAGGCGGAGGGUGAAGAUGAUGGUCAAGAUGAUGCUGAAUAUGACGAGGCUCAAGACUUUGAGCCAGGAAGCAAUGGCAAUGGUCAAGCAGCAGAUGAAGCUAUGGAAGUUGAUUCAGCUCAGUUUGAAGAUGCUGAUAGUGAUAUCGACAAUUAAUUAUCUCAUUAUCAUUAUUUAAGAUUGUAGGCAAUUUCUGUAGAUGUUUUUUAAGUUUUGUAAAUAAUUUUUGACUUUGCCAAGUUUUCUGAAUAAUUUGAAUUGUGUUUACUUUACCCCAUUCCUUAUUGCUAUGUACUCAAUAUCAUGUAAUAAGUACUUGCCUCACCUGUAAUUUAUUUUCCAACUUUGUUUUGUUGAAUCAAUGGAUUAAAAUGAACUCCAUAUUAA